AACAAAGGGGGACAGAGGAUUAGAGUCCAAUGACGGGCAGAAGCCCAGGAGCAGACAAAGUCAGAGCCAGCCCUGAAAUGGAAACGAGAGGGAAAAGCAGCAAGCAGCUAACAGCUACCCAGUUGAGGAGGAAGUGCGAGAUGCGCUGCUUCCUGUAGAAAGAGCGUGGACUGAAGACAAAGCUGGGUGGGGACUAGUCCCUGGGCUGCAGCCGCUGCUGGUACACACACACGACGCGGCCGCCGACUCCGUGGGCAACUCCUACUACGGCUGGGCUGGGCUGGGCUGCGCUGCGCCGCGCCCGAGCUCGCCUGCAUAGACCCGCUCAGGAGAGAGGGAGAAAGAAGCCACGCUCCUCCGACCCAGCCUCGGGAGCCAAGUGUGUCUGAAAACCCCUCCCAGCACUCCGAUGGCCAGCAACAACACCGCCAGCAUAGCACAAGCCAGGAAGCUGGUAGAGCAGCUUAAGAUGGAAGCCAACAUCGACAGGAUAAAGGUGUCCAAGGCAGCUGCAGACUUGAUGGCCUACUGUGAAGCGCAUGCCAAGGAAGACCCCCUGCUGACCCCAGUUCCGGCUUCAGAAAACCCAUUUAGGGAGAAGAAGUUUUUCUGUGCCAUCCUUUAAGUCUCCAAGAGAAGCCGGAAGAGCCCCACGGGGCUCCUGGGACACCAAUGUAGAGUUUUUAGCAAAGUGGGCACCUUUCUAGUCCACGGCAUUUGAAGAGUGUGAGGAGAACCAUCCUGGAGACUCCAGGCUGUGCAUGUUUAAAGAACUGGUCCCCCUUAUGAGAAUGCAAGUCAAUCCACGUCCUGAGUUAAGAGAUCUGAUCCUCCAGAACCGCCUGGAGGAGGGGAAUCCAUAAAAAUACAAUUGGAGUCACUUCUUUUCUGCUAUCCUCCCCCCCAAAAAAACCCUUCUGUUUCUGCUUCAUAUUUUAAAAAUAAAAAUUAAAACAGCUGUACUGAGCUAAGAAGAUACGUAAGACCUCCUUGGAAUGAAUAUUGUCUUUGGAAUACCCCUUGAUAACCUGAGUUGUCUAGUGCAGCCACAGUUCGGUUUAAGGGCAUUGAUAUUUAGUCUUUGUGCCUUUAUUUUCUUUUUUCCGUCUCCCCUACCCCUCCUCCCACCCCUCCCCAUUAGAGUAGUGUGGCAAUAAGGCUGGACGUGUCUAGAAGGACAGGCAUCAAUCCAAAAUGUUUAGGGAGAUGUUCCCCGUGGCAUAUCCUCAUGGUAACAACAAAAUGCCGGUUGUCUAUGUUCCCUUAUCACUCUUCCUAACAUGUGUACAUGAUAGCUUUGAUUCUGCAAGUAAAAGUAAAUCAUGUGUUGUGA